AAUACUGAAUUCACGCAUGCAAUUAAUUUAGGCUUGCCCGACAGGUGUUACGCACUCUUUUCACGUGCGGAUUGCACUACAACAGCAGAAUUCACGUGGUCAUCUUAGGCCUAUUCAUGUUGUGCUGAGCAAGCGUGCGUUAAGUACGUGAGGCAUGGAGGAUCUUAGCAUGCUUAGGAAGGAACGUUCCUCAGAGUCAGAAGACAGCGGGUGCGGUUAAGUUGUUGCAAGUUCAAGCUGAAAAUUGGUCAAGAUGGCAACAAAAUAUACUAGGGAGUCUGGACAACCGGUGCCCCGUAAUGGGAACCAGCCAUCAAGGCCGUCGUUUUCUUCAUUCUUGACGAAUGUGGAGGAUGAUGGCACCAUGACAUACUUCUGGAGAGCUCAUUCCAUCACAGCAUUAAUCUGUAUGAUUGGAUCUCUGUUGUAUGUGACGCUCUUUGAGGAUCAAACUAAUGACGUCACUUGGAAUGUCAAAAGGGGCAUUGUGGCUUGUGUUGUAGUGUUCUGCGUUUUCGGAAUGACUCAGGUGCGAGAUGGUCCCUUCAAACGACCACACCCUGCCUUAUGGAGACUGGUUGUCUGUCUGAGUGUAGUCUAUGAGUUGGCCCUGGUCUUUCUGCUUUUCCAGACUGUAGACAAUGCUCGUCAACUUGUAGCUUACUUGGAUCCAGAACUGGGGAAGCCUCUUCCAGAGCAAUCAUACGCGGAAGACUGCAGGAUCUAUGAUCCAGACGGUCAUCCUGGAGGACCCUGGCACAAUUUGUGGGAAAAGGUGGAUGUCUUUGUUGUGGGUCAUCUAUUGGGCUGGUUCUUCAAGAUGUUAAUGAUUAGGGACUAUUGGGUAUGUUGGGUCAUCAGCAUCAUGUUUGAAGUCUUGGAGUACUCUCUGGAGCAUCAACUGCCCAACUUUGCUGAGUGUUGGUGGGAUCACUGGGUUCUUGAUGUCAUUGUUUGUAACGGAGCUGGUAUUUGGCUAGGGAUGAAGACUCUCAACUAUCUGAACAUGAAGACGUACCAGUGGCGAGGCCUAUGGAAGAUACCUACCUACCGUGGAAAAUUGAAGAGGAUCUUCCUCCAGUUCACGCCAUACAGCUGGACUCGGUUUGAGUGGCAACCAACUGCUAACUUAACACGUUGGCUUGCUGUACUUGGCAUUAUUUCAUUGUAUUUAUUGGCAGAGCUGAAUACAUUUUAUCUGAAGUACAUCUUAUGGAUUCCCCCUCCACAUCACCUCAACUGGCUACGUUUGGCCCUGUAUGUCCUUGUUGGUUCCUGUGCCCUGAGGGAGACAUUUCAGUACAUGAGUGAUCCGGAGUGUAAGACGUUGGGUCAGCAGUCAUGGGUGAUGGUGGCCAUCAUCCUCACUGAGCUUCUUAUUGCUCUCAAGUUUGACCUUCAACUGAUCCUCAAACCAUUUCCUCGGCACAUCGCCAUCUGUUGGCUCCUGGGCAUCCUAGCCAUACUGUCUUGGACAGUGUGGAAUUUCUGCAUUCACCGCAUCUCAUUUCGCUUUUUGAACUGGAAGAUGAAGAAACCUAAGAGUGGGAACAAAAAGAAGGAAACCGUGGCAAUCAAUUCUGAUUCUGACGAGAUCAAAAAUCAGUUAGUGUCAAAGUACACUAAUGACUUCCCACCUACUUUGAAAAAGCAAACAGACCCUCCCUAUGUGACAAGACUCCGCCCACGAACUAAUGAAAAUGCUUAAUAUUGAAUCAUCAUUUGCACAGAUAGGGAUUACUUACCCCAGGUAAAUGUGGAAUACUGAAAUGGUCCAUAAAGGGAAACUGCAGUGAAUGUGGUGAUUUACUUGUGUUCUUUGUCUUAUUGGAAAGUGUUGAUUGAAAUCUUACAAAUACUGUUGAUUUCCAACAUGAUUAAUUAUCGUAAAGAGGAAAUGCCGUGCUUAGGGUGUGUGUUUAUAUAUGCGUUUUCCAAAGUGGAUAUUAUUUUGUUAGCAUAUGCAUGAAGGAUUUCUGUUGGUAAUGUACCAAGGUUGUACUUUGUCCUGACUAAGUAUGCCACCACUUUUUAUUCCUAAUUGCACGAUUUCAGUUUCUUAUCAAGAUGUGUGCCUUUUAUAGUUUUAAAAGUUUAUAUUGGAGGAAUACACACUCUGUGUUUCAACAUCAUGACAAGCAGUUUUCUCAUAGCAAGGAUGCUUUGCAAGUGAAAUCACUGUGCUGAGCCACAUUAUUUCCUUUCAGGAAAUAUUUUAAUUCUUGCAGCCGGUUGAUUUUGUGGAUGGUCCAACUUUUCAGCUUCCUGACAAACAAAGAACCACUAAAACUCAACUUGCUAAAAUAUUAAGAUCGAUUGACCUUUGACCUUACAUGGUUUCAUUUGGGAUUGUUUAUUGAAGCCAUGUCUAGAACUUGUAAGGGACUGUGCACAUUUCAGCUUUUUAUAUAGGAAUUCAGGAUUGUGGAUAACUGUUAAUUUACUGGUUCUUUUAUUUAAAAUAUGGAGCAUUUUGGUGCUUCACUUUGUGGCUGUUGUAAGAAGACUUUUGUCUUGUGCACUUGUAAUGUUAACAGCAUUUCUGGCAUGGAAUAUAGCAUUUUUGUUUUGCAAAUUUCACUGUCAAUGCCUGCUGUUCACAUUGUACCACAAAGAUGAAUGUUUGACAGGAAUGUCAAUGACAGUUGCAUUACGUUUGUGAUUUGGAAAUGGACGAAUUCCAAGAUUGCUUUGAGGGACUUUUUUCACCUAGCCAAGAUCUAACCACUUGUUUAAACUGAAUAAACUGAAUACCUAGAGUCUAACAAUGCAAGCUCAACUCAACCAGACACACAAUUAUAUAAAAAUUUUAAGCUUCUAUGUUAAUCAAAUGUUUAAAACACACAACUUUAAUUUGAGAAAUAUAUAUUUUAGAUGUCUUAAAGAGGCAUGAAAGAUUACAGCUGAUGAAAACCGACAGUAACUAAUCAAAAUAUUUAAUGGAAUGUUAAUUUAUUAGGCUGCAUUUGCUUUGCCAUUUAAUUUUCUAAUGAACUAAAAGUUCACUGAGUGUUGUAUUCUGCAUGUUUUGACCAAGGUUAAUUUAAGUAGGAGAUUAUCAAUCAUUAAAUUGCCUUAAAAAGGAAAAAGGUUUCAUGUAUGCUUAUCAUGUUAAAAUUCAAUGAUUGUACUUUGAUUUUUCAUGUAAAACAGUAACCAGUACUGUUUAUAAAUUCCUUGCUUGCUUGGCAGAGUAAAAAAGCCUGUAAUCUUGUAAUUAAAUUGAACUUGAAGCUUAUAGAUAUUUGCUGCAGUAAAAACUUAUUUGAUUGUAUUGUUUGCCAAAAUUUAAUCAACUUAACAGUCCAUUUUUAUUUUUGCUAGAAAUUGUCAGUCAAUGCUUACUGAUUGUUUGGACAUUUUUUAGAUUUCUUGUUUUUGUUUCGUUUUAAUGAUGGGGUAUGUUUUCAAGUUGUUUGAUCGGCUAGGUUUGCAGUUUGUAAUUAUGAUUCUGAAAGAGUGGAGAGAGUGUUUGAUUUUUGCAUAACGAGUGCCUCUGACAGCAUGGUUAGACUGAAAUAAUAAUUUCAUGUGAUGUGAUAUUUGUAAAAAUGUGAUGGUGUAUGUUUAAUAGGUACGUGAUUGAAGAAUUGACUGAUGCAAGUUUAUAAAUGACUAUAAAUAGCCUACGACACCAUGGAAUAAAGUGCAUGAGUUUAAAAAUAUGGUGAAACCAUUAUUAUAUGCCCCCAAAUAAUGUGUUGAGUAAGGAAAUAAAACGUGAAUUCUUGCAAAGUG